AUGGCGGUCCGCGCUCAGUUUGAAAACUCCAACGAGGUUGGUGUGUUUUCCACCUUGACAAAUGCCUAUGCGCUCGUCGCCAUCGGUGCGAGCGAGAACUUUUAUAGCAUCUUCGAGUCCGAGCUGCAAGACACGGUCCCCAUCUGUCGCACAACAAUUGCUGGCACCCGUAUUGUCGGCCGGUUAACGGCGGGCAACCGCAACGGCCUGCUCGUGCCCACCACCACGACGGACCAGGAGCUGCAGCACUUGCGCAACUCACUACCCGACUCCAUCAAGAUUCGCCGCGUCGAGGAGCGGCUCUCGGCCCUGGGAAACGUCAUUGUUGCCAACGACCGCAUUGCGCUGGUGCAUCCCGACCUCGAGCGGGACACUGAAGAGAUCAUUGCCGACGUCCUCGGUGUCGAGGUCUUCCGGCAGACGGUGGCCGACAAUGUGCUGGUCGGUUCCUACAUGGCGCUGACCAACAACGGCGGCCUUGUGCACCCCAAGACGAGUGUGCAGGACCAGGACGAGCUGUCGAGCCUGCUGCAGGUACCACUUCUGGCUGGUUCCGUCAACCGCGGCAGCAGUGUGAUUGGCGGCGGCAUGGUUGUCAACGACUGGAUGGCCGUGACGGGUCUGGAUACGACGGCCACCGAGUUGAGUGUCAUUGAGAGCGUGUUCCGGCUGGGCGAGGGCAAUGGCCCGAGCAAUGUCAACUCGACGCUCAAGGACACAAUAGUAGAGUCUUUUUACUAG